AUGGCGGGCCUGGAUCCCCCCGAACCGGGUACCGGACCUGGACCCGGCCCCGUCCCGGCAACCCGGGUGGAGGUGACGGUGUCGUGCAGGCAGCUCCUGGACAAGGACACCUUCUCCAAAUCGGACCCACUCUGUGUGCUGUACACCCAGCGCCCCGGGUGCCGGCAGUGGCGGGAGUUUGGUCGGACCGAGGUCAUUGACAACUCCCUCAACCCCGAUUUCCUGCGCAAAUUCGUCCUCGACUACGUCUUCGAGGAGAAGCAGAACCUGCGCUUUGACCUGUACGAUGUGGACUCCAAGAGCUCCGACCUCUCCAAGCACGAUUUCCUGGGCCAAGCCUUUUGCACCCUGGGCGAGAUCCUGGGCUCAGCCGGUGGCCGCCUGGAGAAACCCUUAACGAUGGGGACGGUCACCAUGCAUGCCCGGGGCAGGAGACCCACUCCAGCCAUCUCCAACGGGGAAAUUCCCGGGAAGAAGUGUGGCACCAUCAUCCUCCUCGCCGAAGAGCUGGACAACUGUAGGGACGUGGCCACGCUGCAGUUCUGUGCCAACAAACUGGACAAGAAGGAUUUCUUUGGGAAAUCCGACCCCUUCCUGGUCUUCUACCGCAGCAACGAGGAUGGGACCUUCACCAUCUGCCACAAGACAGAGGUGGUGAGGCACACGCUGAACCCCGUCUGGCAGGCGUUCAACAUCCCCGUGCGGGCCCUGUGCAACGGGGACCACGACCGAGGCAUCAAAGUGGAGGUGUACGACUGGGACCGCGAUGGCAGCCACGACUUCAUCGGGGAGUUCACCACCAGCUACCGGGAGCUGGCACGGGGACAAAGUCAGUUCAACGUCUACGAGGUGGUGAACCCCAGGAAGAAGCUGAAGAAGAAGAAAUAUCUGAACUCGGGGACGGUGACACUGCUGUCCUUUGCCGUGGAGUCCGACCACACCUUCCUGGAUUACAUCAGGGGAGGGACCCAAAUCAACUUCACGGUGGCCAUCGACUUCACCGCCUCCAAUGGGAACCCCUCCCAGUCCACAUCCCUGCACUACCUGAGCCCCUACCAGCUCAACGCCUACGCCAUGGCCCUGAAGGCCGUGGGGGAGAUCAUCCAGGACUACGACAGCGACAAAAUGUUCCCGGCCCUCGGAUUCGGUGCCAAAAUCCCCCCCGACGGCCGCGUCUCCCACGAGUUCCCACUGAACGGGGACGUUUCCAACCCUGCCUGCAGUGGGAUCCAGGGGGUGCUGGACGCUUAUCACCGCAGCCUGCGCCGCGUCCAGCUCUACGGCCCCACCAACUUCGCCCCUGUGGUCAACCACGUCGCCCGCUCGGCAGCAGAGGUGCUGGAUGGGUCCCAGUACUUCGUGCUCCUCAUCAUCACCGACGGGGUCAUCUCCGACAUGGCGCAGACCAAGGAGGCCAUCGUCAACGCUGCCAAGCUCCCCAUGUCCAUCAUCAUCGUGGGGGUCGGCCAGGCCGAGUUUGAUGCCAUGGUGGAGCUGGAUGGGGAUGACAUCCGCAUCUCCUCCCGGGGGAAGGUGGCAGAGAGGGACAUCGUGCAGUUUGUCCCUUUCCGUGACUACGUCUCGGGUGGCAGCAGCGCGGUGCUCAGCAUGGCCCGGCUGGCCCGGGACGUCCUGGCCGAGAUCCCCGAGCAGUUCAUCUCCUACAUGAAAUCCCGGGGCAUCAAACCUCGGCAGGGACCCCCUUCCACUGUCCCCCCCAGCCCCGAGCCCCCCGGGACCCCCCCGCCCUGA